AAGGGAAUAUGUGGGCACAAGAACUGGUGGAAAUGGAGAAAGUUGCAUCUCCAACGUCCAAACCUAAUCUACAAGGGCAGAAGCUCUUAUUCACCCAGCUCUCGCUUUCAUUAUCCGGGCCAUAUGACAUUAAAAGUGGUAUAAAGACAGGAAAUUCUAGGAUCCACUGUCACAAUGUCGACCGCUUCCAUCUCCGGCUGCUCCCUCACUUCCCUCUCCCCUGCCUCCUCCUCCCAGUCCUCUCGCCGGAGACCCACAUUGCGCCCUACCAUAGUUGCCAACCUCUCCUCCUCUUCCCCUCCUUCCCUCAUCAGAAACCAGCCCGUCUUUGCCGCUCCUGCUCCUAUCAUCAACCCUACUUGGAGGAAAGAAAUGGGAAAAGACUCGUACGAGGAAGCCAUUGAAUCUCUCAAGAAAUUGCUAAGCGAGAAGGGAGAGUUGAAAAGUGUGGCGGCUGCGAAGGUGGACCAAAUCACGGCGGAGUUAAAGGGUGUUUCAUCCGACAGCAAGCCGUUCGAUGCAGUGGACAAGAUGAAGGAUGGAUUCAUUUACUUCAAGAGAGAAAAAUACGAGAGGAAUCCAGCUCUCUACGGUGAGCUUGCCAAGGGUCAAAGCCCUCCGUAUAUGGUGUUUGCCUGCUCUGACUCUAGGGUCUGCCCAUCUCAUGUCCUGGAUUUCCAACCAGGGGAGGCUUUCGUUGUCCGCAAUGUUGCUAACAUGGUGCCUCCUUAUGAUCAGACCAAGUACUCCGGAGUUGGAGCUGCCGUUGAAUAUGCUGUCUUGCAUCUCAAGGUGUCCAACAUUGUGGUAAUUGGACACAGUGCCUGUGGUGGGAUUAAGGGGCUCAUGUCUUUCACAUUUGAAGGACCCAACUCCACUGACUUCAUUGAAGAUUGGGUUAAAGUUGGCCUCCCUGCCAAGACCAAGGUCCUUGCUGAACACGGGGAUAAGCCUUUCGGAGACCAAUGUACACACUGUGAGAAGGAAGCUGUGAAUGUGUCUCUUGGAAACUUGCUGACCUACCCUUUUGUGAGAGAUGGUUUGGUGAAGAAAACCUUGGCUUUGAAGGGAGGAUACUAUGAUUUUGUUAAAGGAUCAUUCGAGCUGUGGGGGCUUGAGUUUGGCCUCUCUCCUCCUACCUCUGUAUGAACACCACCCAAGCAGUGACACCCAUCUCAUCUCUCUGUUUCCCUAACUAGUUUUCUUCUUCCUAUUAGAUGUACUAUUCUCUGUGUGUCGUAAAAGAGUUAAUAUGACCUGCCAAUAAAGCAUAUGACUGAAUUUAGCCCGCCGUUUCUUUAAUAAUAAAAUGCAUAUUGAAUUUCCUUUUUCAGUUUAAUUAGAAGAUGUAUAAACACAAUUCAAAUGACUGUAUUCACUGCUCUGCAUUUUCUUCUGUCUUUUUUGCCUUUUUUUGUUAGGUAAAAGAUGUGGCCACCAUACUACAUUGGAAGCUCUAGAGGUUAUCAUCCCAGCAAAAGAUGAGGUUCUCUUCCCUCCAAUCCAGUAUGAACUGAACUGAAAUGUGUAGAUUAAAGUGCCAUUUUUCAAGAACUGGGGAACUUGAAAUCUGGUUAUUACUUUUUACCCUAAAAUUUUCAGCAUAUUUCUAACUCUCUCUUACAUAAUUGACUUGUUAAAUGUAGCACAAAAUGGCUAGCCCUAGAAAUAAAGUGAAAGAGGUAAG